UCCCGCUGCCAGUUGUCAAAUUGUGGAGGUCAGCGACUGGAACGCGUCUUGUCUUGUUUCUCUCGGUUAUUUACUGUGCUUUUUGUGAGUUUUCUCCUAAUUUAAUCAAUCACAAUGUUCGAAGCCAGACUUCUGCGUAGCUCCAUCCUCAAGAAGGUCUUGGAAGCUAUAAAAGAUCUCCUCACUCAAGCCACAUUUGAUUGUGACGACAAUGGAAUACAAUUACAGGCUAUGGACAACUCUCACGUAUCUCUUGUGUCACUCUCGCUACGAGCAGAUGGUUUUGAUAAAUACAGAUGUGAUAGAAACAUUUCCAUGGGUAUGAAUUUAGGAAGCAUGUCCAAGAUUCUCAAGUGCGCUGGGGACAAAGACACUGUCACAAUGAAGGCACAGGACAAUGCAGACACUGUCACAUUUGUAUUUGAGAGCCCCAACCAAGAAAAAGUGUCAGAUUAUGAAAUGAAACUCAUGAAUUUGGAUCUUGAGCACUUAGGCAUUCCUGAGACAGAGUACAGCUGUACAAUUCGUCUGCCAAGUGCUGAAUUUGCCAGAAUCUGUCGUGAUCUGUCCCAGUUUGGAGAGUCCAUGGUCAUAUCUUGCACAAAAGAAGGCGUAAAAUUCUCAGCAUCAGGAGACAUUGGAUCAGCAAACAUCAAGUUGGCCCAGACUGCUUCCAUUGACAAGGAGGAGGAGGCUGUGGUCAUUGAGAUGGACGAGCCAGUCACCCUCACCUUCUCGUGCCAGUAUCUCAACUACUUCACGAAAGCCACAUCAUUAAGUCCACAGGUUCAGUUAUCUAUGUCAGCUGAUGUACCACUAGUGGUAGAAUACCGCAUCCAGGAUAUUGGGCACAUUCGUUACUACCUAGCACCGAAAAUCGAAGAAGAAGACAGUUGAAUACAUAAUUUUGAUCUUUUUGUACUACUAUCAUGUCAUAAUAUUAAGGCCAUUCGUAAUAAUUAUGUUUCGUUUUCGUUAUGCUAUACUUUCUAUUCUGUACACUGUGUGUAUUACAUAAAAAUUGUGAUAACAAUGAAAGCAGAAGGAAAUAAACCUAUUUUUAAUAACUAA